AUGUCGUUCCGGCCGAUGUUGAACCAACGGGCUGUGGCUCCGAUCGCAGCCACUCUCCUCGCUGGAAGCAUGGCUCUGUACCCGAAGCAGACGGCCUUUGCUGAGGAGCCUCGCCAGAGGAAACCCAUUUACGACGACUUCCCAUCUGACAUCCCCGAAGUCUCCAAGCCCACGCCCGCCGCCGCGCCCGAGCCCGAGACCCCGGCUCCCCAGAACCAGACUAUUUCCCUGGCGCCCUUGCAAACGAAGCCCUCUUCGCCGACUCCGACAGACAUCUUGACCGCUCAGAUCCGGCAAGCCCGUCUCUUCCUCUACUCAAACUCCCUUGCCGCGGAGAAUGGCUUCAAUGACUUCCUGUCCCGAGCCCUGCACAUCGAAAACGCCUUCACCAACACUGUUGCGUCUCUCGCUCCUUCUCCCGAGUCUGGUGAGCGCCUCACCCCCGGCGGUAUCUACGUCGUCGUUGCCGCCAUGGCCGGCUCCAUUGUGUCUCGCAACCGCGGCAUCAUCCUUCGCACCCUGUCCCCUCUCGCUUUCGGUACCGUCGCUGCCUGGACUCUCCUGCCCGUGACUAUGCGGAAUGUCUCCGAUUUGGCUUGGGAGUAUGAGAAGCGAUUCCCCGCUGUUGCGAACCAGCACUUAGCCGCUCGGGAGCGUGCGGAGCACAUCUGGCAUACAGGCAUUGCGCACAGCGCUAUGGGUCGUCAGAUGAUGGAGGAUAAGAUCGGUGAGGCUCGCAAGAAGCUCGAGCAGCUGGUCAGCAAGGGUCACUAG